CUUAAAACCAUACAGUACUUUCUUGCUAGUUUCAGCUAUAAAUACCCAUUGAUGCUUACAAAUCCUUCACAACCAUCACUUCCACCACCAUACCCACAACCUCCACAAUUUCUACCAUGGAAGCUCCAACUUGGGCUGCAUACGCCGCUGCAUGGGUUGGGACUGUGGCUCUGUUGCUCCUUUCAAUGUAUCUCCGACGCAGAAAAUUUAAUCUGCCACCAGGUCCAAAACCAUGGCCAAUCAUCGGAAACUUAAACCUUAUCAGUUCUCUCCCCCACCGUUCACUCCAUGAACUCUCCCUCAAAUACGGUCCCAUUCUGCAUCUCAAAUUCGGGUCUUUCCCAGUCGUAGUUGGCUCCUCCGUCGAAAUGGCCAAGAUCUUCCUCAAAACCAUGGACGUCACGUUCGCCUCACGGCCUAAAACCGCCGCCGGAAAGUACACCACUUACAAUUACUCCGACAUCACAUGGUCCCCGUACGGAGCCUAUUGGCGGCAAGCGCGCAAGAUGUGUUUGAUGGAAUUAUUCAGCGCAAAACGGCUCGAAUCAUUCGAGUACAUUCGAGUAGAAGAAAUGCAUUCACUUCUUAAAGAGCUAUACAAAUUUUCAGGCCAAUCCAUUAUAUUGAAAGAUUUUCUUUCCACAGUGAGUUUGAACGUGAUCAGUCGGAUGGUGUUGGGGAAGAGGUAUUUGGAUGAGAACGAAAGCUCAAUUGUGACUCCUGAGGAGUUCAAGAAGAUGUUGGAUGAGCUGUUCUUGUUGAACGGUGUGUUCAAUAUCGGCGAUUCGAUUCCAUGGAUCGAUUUCUUGGACUUACAGGGUUAUGUGAAGAGGAUGAAGACUUUGAGCAAGAAGUUUGAUAGGUUUUUGGAGCAUGUGCUUGAUGAACACAACGCCAAGAGGAAGGGAGUAGAGAAUUAUGUGGCCACGGAUAUGGUGGAUGUGCUGUUGCAGUUAGCUGAUGAUCCCAAUCUGGAGGUUAAGCUUGAGAGGCAUGGUGUCAAGGCAUUUACCCAGGACUUGCUUGCUGGUGGAACGGAAAGCUCAGCGGUGACUGUGGAAUGGGCAAUCUCGGAGCUUCUGAAAAAGCCAGAGAUAUUCGAAAAGGCAAGCGAGGAGCUUGAUCGGGUUAUUGGCAACAGUAGAUGGGUGGAAGAGAAGGACAUACCACACCUUCCUUACAUUGAAGCUAUUGUCAAAGAGACGAUGCGAAUUCACCCUGUGGCACCAUUGUUGGUACCUAGACUUGCCCGUGAGGAUUGUCAUGUAGCAGGCUAUGACAUUCGACAAGGCACCCGCAUUCUGGUAAAUGUAUGGACCAUAGGGAGGGACCCUGAAUUGUGGGAUGAGCCUAACGAGUUUUGUCCCGAGAGGUUCAUUGGAAAGGACAUUGAUGUCAAAGGACAAGAUUUCGAGCUAUUGCCAUUUGGAUCUGGCCGAAGAAUGUGCCCGGGGUAUAGUCUGGGGCUAAAGGUGAUUCAAUCGAGUUUGGCUAAUCUUUUACAUGGAUUCAAGUGGAAACUGCCGAAUAAUAUGAAGCCACAGGAUUUGGGCAUGGAGGAAAUUUUUGGGCUUUCAACACCAAGAAAGAUCCCUCUUGAUGCUGUCGUUGAGCCCCGACUCCCUCCUCAUCUUUAUUCACUGUGAUUUCAACUGGAAUUUAGUUUCUUCCUAAUAAUUACUGGUUACUGGGAGUUCUAUAGUCGUAUAAUAUACUAUCAUGCUACUGGAAACGUUUGCUGAUAUGAGUUUCCUAGAGUUAAUGUAAUGAUUUUCAUAAAGAUUGUGUUGCGUGCAAACAAAGACCACUACCACUACCACUCUCUUUCUCUCUCUCUCUCCUUAUCACCUUUAUCUUGAUGAGACGAACACGCAUCUUCCUAUAAU